UCUUCCGCACACGAUCCUGCGCCAGACGCUCCUACACAGUAACCUGGAAAUUGUCACCGGAGGAGCAAAAUCACAGGGCAGGGAGGCCCUCCGCGUUGUCUGGCGGAGGAGGGGAGUGGCAGGUGAUCUUCACAGUCACUCUAGGAAAGCCAGCUGCCAUGACGUAAGGAUACUCAGGCCACCAAUGGACAGCCCAGGGAGGAGGCAUGAAGGUGUGCCAGCCAUUGUGUCAGUCACCUUAUAAGCAGAUUUUCUGAGACCUGCUAACGGCCAUGUGAGUGACCUUGGAUGUGGGUUGUCACCAGUCAAGCCUUGAGAUGACUGCAGCCAUGACCCACAGCUUGAUUACAACCCAUGGGAGACACUGAGCUAGGAAAACCCAGCUGAAAUGCCUCCAGACCCCUGACCCACAGCGACUGUGAGAUAAUCAGUGUUUGUUGCCUUGAUCCACGAAGUUGGUGAUAAUUUGUUUCUCGACAACAGAUAACUAAUACAGACCCGGAAGCGGAUCGCCUCAGUGAAGGUCACAUUGCAGCACUAUUGAUUUCUAAAGACUCAUGUUACGUGACGAAGCAGCUCAGAAGAGGAAAGAAAAGGAGCCAGGCAUGGCUCUUCCUCAGGGACACUUGACUUUUAGGGAUGUGGCUAUAGAAUUCUCUUUGGAGGAGUGGAAAUGCCUGGACCCUGCGCAGAGGGCUUUAUACAGGGCCGUGAUGUUGGAGAACUAUAGGAACCUGCAUUCUGUGGAUAUCUCUUCCAAAUGCAUGAUGAAGAAGUUCUCGUCAACAGGGCAAGGCAAUACAGAAGUGUUCCACAUGGGGACAUUGGAAAGACAUGAAAGUCAUCACAUUGGAGAUUUUUGCUUCCAGGAAAUUGGGAAAGAUAUUCAUGACUUUGAGUUUCAGUGGCAAGAAGAUGAAAGAAAUAGCACAGACAGAUGUGAUCGAAGGCACGCUGGAAACAAGCCUAUUAAAGAUCAGCUUGGAUUAAGCUUUCGUUCACAUCCUCCUAAACUCCACAUAUUUCAGACCAAAGGGAAAGUUGGUAAUCAAGUUGAGAAGUCUAUCAACGAUACUUCCUCGGUUCCAACGUCCCAAAGAAUUUCUUCUAGGCCCAAAAUCCAUAUUUCUAAUAACUAUGAAAAUAAUUUCCUCCAUUCGUCAGUACUCACACAAAAACAGGGAGUACACAUGAGAGAAAAAUGUUUCCAAUAUAAUGAGAGUGUCAAAGCCUUUAAUUGUAGCUCACUCGUAAGGAAACAGCAGAUAAUCCAUUUAGGAGGGAAACAAUAUAAAUGUGAUGUAUGUGGCAAGGUCUUUAAUCAGAAGUGAUACCUUGCAUGCCAUCAUAGAUGUCACACUGGCAAAAAACCUUACAAUGGUAAGGUUUUUAAUCAACAGUCAAACCUUACAAGUCAUCAUAGACUUCAUACUGGAGAGAAACCUUACAAAUGUGAAGAAUGUGACAAAAUUUUUAGUCACAAAUCAAAUCUUAAAAGACAUAGGAGAAUUCAUACUGGAGAGAAACCAUACAAAUGUAGGACUUGUGACCAUGCUUUCAGGCGUGAUUCACACCUGGUACAACAUACUAGAAUUCACACUGGAGAGAAACCUUACAAGUGUAAUGAAUGUGGCAAAGCCUUUAGUGGGCAGUCAACACUUAUUCACCAUCAAGCAAUCCAUGGUGUAGGGAAACUUUAUAAAUGUAAUGACUGUCACAAAGUCUUCAGUAAUGCUACAACCAUUGCAAAUCAUUGGAGAAUCCAUAAUGAAGAGAGAUCUUACAAGUGUAAUAAAUGUGGCAGAUUUUUUAGACGUUGUUCAUAUCUUGCAGUUCAUUAGCGAACUCAUACUGGAGAGAAAACUUACAAGUGUCAUGAGUGUGGCAAGACCUUCACUCAGACAUCAUCCCUUGUAUGCCAUCGUAGACUUCAUAUUGGAGAGAAACCUUACAAGUGUAAUGAGUGUGGUAAGACCUUCUGUCACAAUUCAGCCCUUGUAAUUCAUAAAGCAAUUCAUACCAGAGAGAAACCUUACAAGUGUAAUGAAUGUGGCAAGGUUUUUAAUCAACAGGCAACCCUUGCACAUCAUCAUAGACUUCAUACUGGAGAGAAACCUUAUAAAUGUGAAGAAUGUGACAAAGUUUUCGGUCGCAAAUCACACCUUGAAACACAUAAGAGAAUUCAUACUGGAGAGAAACCUUACAAGUGUAAUGAGUGUGGCAAAGUCUUCAGUCAAGCUUCAUCUUAUGCUAAACAUAGGAGAAUUCAUACAGGAGAAAAACCUCACAAGUGUGAUAAUUGUGGCAAAGCCUUUAAUUCACAUUCACACCUCAUUAGACAUCAGAGAAUCCAUAUUGGACAGAAAUCUUACAAAUGUCAUAGCAAGGUCUUCAGUCAGAAGUCACUCCUUGCGGAACAGCAGAAAAUUCAUUUUUGAGAUACUUAUUCCAAAUGCAAUGAGUAUAGCAAACCAUCAAGCAUUAAUUGACAUUAGAGUCAAUUCAGCAUUGACUUGAGUUUGAGUUGACUUGACAUUGAGUUCAAGCAUUAAUUGACAUUAAAGUGUUUAUGUUAAGAGGAUUGGGCUGGGCAGGGUGGCUCAUGCUUGUAAUCCCGGCACUUUGGGAGGUCAAGACGGAUAGAUCACUUAAGGUCAGGAGUUUGAGACCAGCCUGGCCAACAGACAUGAGCCACUUUUCCCAGCCUGUUUUUUGUUUCUUUAUCAAAAACUGAUAGGGAUUUUUAUGGGUAUUGUGUUGAAUCUAAAUCACAUUGGGUUAUAUAAUCAUUUAACAAUAUUAAUUUUUCCAAUCCAUCAAUAGGGGUUGUAUCUCUAUUUUAUAUAUGUUUUUAAUAAUUUUGAUCAAUGUUUGUAGAUUUUAAGGUACAAACUUAUCGCCUUUUUACGUUUAUUCCUAAGUAUUUCUUACUGUAAGUUCUCUAGCAAAUGGAAGUGUUUUCUUAAUUUUCUUUUAAAAUUGUUUAAUGUAUGGAAAUUUAACUAAUUUCUGGUGCUGAUACUGUAUUCUGCAAAUACACCGAAUGUGUUUAUUAGUUCCAGCAGUAUUUUGGUUGACUUUUGUGAUUUUCUACACAGCAGAACAUACAAUCUACAAACACAAUUUUAGUUAUUUCUUUCUGAAA